AUGCCUGCAGCAAAAGAUUGGGAAAGAAAGGCACAAAUCUGUCGUGAUAUUCUCGAGAAGUCUAUCCCCAAGCAGUGGCUCCUGCCUGAAGAUAAGCUUCCGACGAAACAACAACACAACGUUACUCAGAUCCCACGGACAUGUGGCAUUCUUUCUGCUGAGGAGCUUGAAAUGACCGAGCAGAACGCUGCUGGUCUAUUGAGCAAAUAUCAAUCUGGUGAAUGGAAAGUAGAGCAAGUCAUAACUGCGUUUCUGAAACGAGCUACGAUCGGCCAGCAACUUCUCAACUUUGUAACCGAGUUUCUCACAGAUGAAGCCUUGGAGUCAGCAAAAGCUCUCGACGAGCACUUCGAAACUACUGGCAAACUCUUUGGUCCACUUCACGGCGUCCCCGUGAGUGUGAAGGAACAUGUGUCUUAUGGCGGCAAGAUCACCCAUGCUGGAUUCGUGAAUCAGAUCGAUAAUGUAGCCAAGGAGGAUGCACUUCUGAUCAAACUGCUCAAGAAGGCAGGUGCAGUCUUUACAGUGCGAACCAAUCAGCCACAAUCUUUGAUGCAUCUUGACUGCGAGAACAACAUCACCGGCACAACACUGAAUCCUUAUCACCUCAAGCUAUCUCCUGGUGGUUCUUCAGGAGGAGAAGGUGCCAGUAUGGGCUUCAAGUGUGCUGUCCUCGGCGUUGGCACGGAUAUUGGUGGUAGCAUUCGUGCCCCUGCUGCUUUCAAUAAUUCUUACGGACUUCGACCAACCACUCUGCGUAACCCCACUUUGGGUCUCCAUGGCGUGCUGGGUGGACAAGAAAGUAUCAAAGGCGUGAUCGGUCCACUUGGUCAAAGUAUCGACGACCUCUGGCUCUUCCAAAAGUCAUUGAUCGACCAAGAUCCUCAUGACAUCGACACAACCUUGGCACCCAUCCCUUGGAAGGGAGAGUUGGACACCCCCAGGAACAUCACCGUCGGUAUCAUGAUGACUGACGGUAUCGUUACACCUCAUCCUCCAAUCUUGCGCGCCCUCAAGACCGCCAAGUCCAAGCUCCAAGCCGCCGGAGUCAGAUGCGUCGAUUGGCAAAACUACAAACACGAUCACGCCUGGGACAUCGUCUCAGCCCUCUACUUCCCAGACGGCGGAAAACGCAUCGAAGACGCUCUCGCCGCAUCCGGCGAGCCCAUGCUCCCGCUCACCCAACAUGCCCUCAAUUACAGCAAAGCCAUCUCAAUCUCGGAGAACUGGGACUUGAAUGUCAUGCGAGAGACGUAUAGACGCGAGUAUCAUGCUCUGAUGAAAGAGAGAGGUGUCGAUGUCAUUUUGUGUCCUGCUUAUGUGGGUGUGGGUGUCAAGCAGCACGGUGCCAAGUACUGGGGUUACACGAGUUUGUGGAAUAUUCUUGAUCAGCCUGCUGUGGUGUUCCCGACUGGUAUGGAUGCUGAUAAGGAUAUUGAUGUGGUUGAGGAAGGAUACUCGCCACUAAACGAGAAAGACAAGGAGGAAUACGAAGCUUGUAAGUACAUUCAAAAUGAUCCUGAGCUAUUCGAUGGCGUGCCAAUCACACUGCAGCUUGUCGGAAAGCACUACCACGAUGAAGAUACCCUGAGGGCAGCCAAAUUGAUUGAGAGUGUCAUCAGAGGGUAA